AUGGGAUUUUCGCGAUCUUCGAAAGACUACCAGAAAUUCGCGAGGGAGGUGCGGCGGCUGGUACCGUUAUAUCUCGACACCUCCUUGAGGUACCCGUACCAGAACCCCGUUCAAGUGGUGCGACUGGUGGAAAAGGCCCAACUCGAGGUGCCUUGGUUGAAGGUGUACCAUGACGCUUGGCCCGUGCGUGCAUACCUGAAGCGCCAUUUGGAGAAGCCCAAGUGCCGUCGCCGUGAGACAAGCCGCGGCACCAUAUACCCUUGCAAUCAUCGUGAUAGCCACCGGAGGCCUGUCUCUGGCUCGGAUGCCCCCGACAACAACCGGCCUCCCAACAUCAACCUAGCUGUCUCCACCAGCAGUGAGUGCACGACUGUGGCGGCCGAUACCGCGUCAAAUUCACCUCUGGCUACUUACGUGCCAGAAGCCGCGCCGUCAUUGUGCGCUGACAGGCCCGUCCGCCCCGCUAUCAAACCACGCCCCUCGUACCACGUCGUCCAUGAUGUGACGAACGAGGUAUCGAGCUUCUUGGGGUCACUCGUUCCAAAUCUAGACCAUCUAGCGGCGCGGUUCGUGACUGCGGGCGUCACAGAUCGGAAGUGCCUGGAGGGCCUCGCCGUAUUGUGGGAUGUAGAGAAAGAUGCAUUCUUGCUGGACGACCUUAGGCUGACAGCUUUCCAGCGGCGGGUGGUUCGUGGUGCUCUGGCACGGACGAUGGCCCGGCGCAGUGAGCUCGGCCUCCGUAAAUGGUCGCCCGGUUUGAAGCAGGAGAUGGUCUCAUUGAUGGGGGGCGAUGUCCAGUCAUUCGAUGUGUUGGCCAUUGGUGAAUUGUGGAGAGGAGAGUCGGAUGUCCCGCGUUUCGGUCAUAUGAUGUACGAGCCGGGGUUGACUUUCGCAAGUUGA